UGUAAAGUUUUAAAUCUCUGUGGGGUUCAUCAGCUUCAUCAGAUCAAACGAUCAAUGUCAUCCACCCAGUAUUGAUGUGGAUAGGAAAGUCAGUCAGAGCGAUCAUAGUAUCAACUCCAGCAUGUUUCCACCCACUAAUUAAUGAUUCAGCAAGGUCCGAGCAGAUCUUCACACAGCUGGGCUCCAGGAAUCAGAAGUCCAACAGCACUAAGGACUGGCAAGAGAGAAGAUGGUUAAGAAGAUGGUGGCUGAUCUCAUCCACGCUGGGAUGUUGCUUCUGACCAUGUGGCUGCAGAUGGAGGCCGCUGCUGCAGCAGGCACAUUGAAAGUUGACCUCACCGAGGAGGAAGGCAGUGACGGCAACACCAUCAGCCAUUCACAAACCCUGGUGCAGCGCCUGGAGGCCCUGCUGGUUCAGGGGAAUGGAAGUGAUGUUUCUCUGCGUGUGGAGACACCCAAUGCAGAUGAGGUGAAGGUGAUCCAAGCUCACUCCCUAGUGCUCUCCCUGCAGAGCCAAGUGUUCGAGGAGAUGCUACUGAGCCGCAACAGCAGCACUAUGGUGCUGAGAGAGAGCUCCGACUGUGCCGCUGUGUUUGACAAGUUCAUCAGGUAUCUAUAUUGUGGAGACAUUUCUCUCCGUCUCGACCAGGCCACACCUCUGCACAAGUUGGCCUCCAAAUACCAAGUGCAGAGUCUCCAGCAGGGCGUGACCCAAUACAUGACCCAGAAUCUGGCCAGAGACUCCCCUUCAGGUCACGUGGCAGGCUGGUAUGAAUAUGCCCUGCAGGCUGGGGAUGUUGUAUUGAGGGAUAGCUGUCUACAGUACCUGGCCUGGAAUCUGACAAUGGUGCUGCAGAGUGGGGAAUGGGUGACCAUCAGCAAUCAGCUGCUCAUGACACUGCUGCAGCGUUCCGACCUUGUCCUGCAGAGUGAGAUGGAACUCUUUGCAGCUCUGGAGGCCUGGAUUAUCCAGAACGAGCCUGAUGGUUUGACGGUGGAGAACGCAUUAAGAGCUGUGCGUUAUGCCAUGAUGCCCCCUAGGGAGCUGUUCCACCUGCAGACCCAAUCUACUGUCUUGGCUCGCUAUCAGGAGUCAGUCCGUGACCUGCUCUACAUGUCCUACCAGUUUCACUCUGCCUCGCCACUGCAGAUGGCAAAAUACUUUGACGUGAACUGUAGCCUCUUUGUCCCUAGAAACUACCUGUCUACAGUGUGGGGUUCACCUUGGAUUAUCAACAAUCCGACACGGGACGACCGCAGCACCAGCUUCCAAACUCAACUGGGGCCCAGCAGCCAUGACGCCAGCAAACGAGUGACCUGGAAUGCCCUGUUCUCACCACGCUGGUUACCCCUCAGCAUGAGGCCGAUGUACACAGAGACUGGCGCCAUGCAGCCAACACGUGUGGAAGGAGGGCGCCCUCGCAUCAUCAUCACUCCAGCCACAUCCAGUGCAGACUUUGCUGGAGUGAACUUCCAGAAGACCGUUCUUGUGAUGGCUCAGCACCAUGGUAAGCUGAUUGUGAAGCAUGUCUACAACUUCCACCAGAGCACAGAGGAAAACGGUGACUUCUUGGCCGAAGCCAACCUGUAUCGCCGCACAUCUGAUUACCUCAUCGACAGCUCCCUCUUCCUCCAUGUUGUGGUGAAACCACUUUACCAAACCCUCAUAACCAACAAGAACUGACUCCCGCAGUUUGACCAAUUCAGCCCUCACUCAUAUCUGAAUCCUAGCCGGGUCUUUUGUUUGUCUUUUCACAUAAAAGUACUGUUUUCAUGGGGCAACUAAGAUUUUGAGUGUUCCUGUCUGGUGGCAAGGUAUGAGAGUGAAAUCAUGGGUCCUCAUGAUUUCCCUCUUCAUGGUGCUAUUUUCCGUUUUUGCACUGUCAACAAAUCACAUUGACAAAUCCAUCUAAACUGCUUAACAGCCUUAAAAAACAACAACAAUGCGGUUGAAAGUUUUUUCAUGCUUUGGUUUUGAAUUAUUGACAGUGGGAAAAACGAAAACAUCCAGCGGGUUUUAUGGUGCUAUUCACUCAGUCUGGGCUUUCACCUAGUUAGCGCUACUUAAAUGAUUUGUUCUUCAAAUACAUUUUAGUGUACAAUUUUUGAAGGUUGAGGGAAAUUUAGGCGAGCAUAUUUUAGCAGAUAUAUAGGACCACAAUGAAGUGUGGAUUAAACAACAGUUAUGUUUCAUUACAUCCUGAACAAAUUCUUAGAACCAUGGAAAAAGUAACACAUAUUUCCAUUUCACUCUAAUGGAUCAUAACCAGGUUGUAAGUUGAGCUUUAUGUUCUGAAACCCCAUUUGGGGUAAGUAAUUGUUUACUGGGCCCCAAAUCUUUAUUCUAACAUUAGAUUUUUUUUUUAUUAUCUUUUAUCUGAUUUCUUUAUUUCUUUUACCCUCCUGUACAAAACUGUAGAUAUCCCAACACUUAAGCACUUAGUUCAUUAAGGUCAUUGUUGUUUGUAUAUGGAUUUGUGCUACCUAUUAAUAAAGACUUUUACAGUUUUGUGUAUCAUGUUGAUUUGCAAAAAUAGAGUGCUUUGCAAAAGUAUUCAUACUCACUGGUCCAAUAAACUAAGUAGUCAAUAACUGUGAAGUGGAAGAAAGGGGACUCAUGUUUUUGAAUUUUACAAAUAAAAAUCUACAAAAGGUG